AACUCGUAAUAAACAGACCGGGCCCGAGCCGAGCCCACAUUAUGCUUGGGAAAAACUGAAAUUCUCAUUCCUCCAAGUCGCGAUCUCUCUGUCUGUGACUUCCUUCUUCAGUAGAAGAACACAGAUCCUCUCGCAAUCCUCUCGAAUCGCUUCGCUUUUUUGUUCAGUUUGCGUUUGUACCAAGGGUUUACCGCAUUUGGUAUUUAUUGAGGUAGUGUUCGUCAAGUCUUCUGUGCUGAUUGAUGUGGUGACGGAAGGGUCUGGUGAACCAAAAGAGGUCUAGAAGAAUCAAGGUGUGGUCUUUGUGGGGCUUAAAGGGCUUGUCCUUGUUUAUCUAUCUACAGUUGGAUCUGACCACUAUCAGAUCAUAACCAGUAAAGCAAAGGCAACAAUGGACGAGCUGAGAUCGGCUUUGGAAGAACACAUGGACCAAAUGACUGAUCUAGUACAAAAAUUAUCCGCAGAGCUCCGCUCUGGCCUCAGACCUGCCUAUGAAAACUUCAUUGGUUUUUUCCAUGCUAUUGACUGGAAGGAGCCUUGGUUAAUGAGUUUACUGGUUUUCCAUUUGGUGUUACUGAUAGCAACUGUAAUGUCAAGGAAGAAUACCAACUUCCAAAUGUUUUUGUUCCUGCUGUCAUUGGCUGGAGUAUAUCUUGCUGAGAGGCUCAAUGGUAUCCUGAGCGGCAACUGGAGAAACUUUGCAACCCAGAAUUAUUUCGACCCGCAAGGCGUUUUUCUCUCAGUUCUUGGGUCUGGACCUCUUCUUGUCAUUGCACUGAUUAUUUUGAUAAACACCCUAUUUUCCUUAUGUUACCUGAUUGUUAGAUGGAAGAGAGCCGAGUUGAGACAUCGCGAAAGGCUUUCUCGUAACAAGCAGGAUUGACUCUCUCUCUAGCUAUGCAGCUUUCCUGGAAAAGCAAACUUUAGUACGAGGGGUAUUUCACAAUUUGGCUACAAUUAGUGAGUCUUAAAAUGUAUAGGAAACAUUUAUCACGCGAGAAUAUCAGGGUGCCGGACAAUUUUAUCGUGAGAAAUAUUACUCCAAUUCGAACUUUUUGUACCGUUAAAAUGUGAACACUUUUGUUUUUGUUUCUAUACUGUUAAUGUAUAUUUUGAAAAGACCAAACAGUCCCUCCAAACCUAAGCCGACCUCUUUCUUUCUAGUUCCUAAUCAAAUUUGUGAACUGUUAGUUGAAGUUACAUAAACAACUCCCUGAACAAGAAGGGUAAUCUUGAAGAAAUCAAGCCAUCGCGAAUCUUCUAAGGGUAUUCAAACAGUCGAAAAAGUGAGUUGCAGGAUUUUGGUAAGUUUAUCUGAAAACAUUAUUUAUAGGAGAUUAAAGUAGGGUUUUGUAUAGGCAAGAAAACUGGAUUUCUGUUUGCAGAAAAACCCUGCUGGAGAAGGAAAGAGGAGAUGGACUAUGGUAGCAGACACUACUUCUCUUCUAGAGAAGGGCGCGAGGAAGUCAUUACAGCUUUUGCAAGGUCUUAAAGGGACUCAGUUGAUCAUUCCAAGAAUGGUCAUUGGGGAGCUAGAUUGCCUGAAGAGAUACAGUAUCUUCAGAAGAACAUAGGCUUCUUCUGCGUUAGAAUCGAUUGAAGAGUGCAUGGUCAGAACAAAAUGGUGGAUUCAUGUCCAGAGUUCAGUGGAGGAGGGAUGGCCAGUUGCGCAAACCCCUCCUGCUUCUCCUCGGCCUCAAUUCACCGAGGGAGGUGGUGGAGUAUCUUGUGGAACAACAAUCUUAGUGCCAUUUUCUAUUCAUGGAAGCUUAAUGGAAAUUGUUUCCCCCACCGCAGAGGACCAUAUCCUUGACUGCGCUCUUCAGUUUAGAAAAAUGAAGUUUUGAAGGAGAGAUACUGCCGAUACCCUCUAAAGAAAUUGUCAAAGGGAGAAGGUGCAAAGGGUUUGAAGCUUAUUCUGCUCCAUAAUUCUCAUUCUGAACAGACCUGUUCAGUCCAGUCCAACAAUGUAAACUGCAUUCCCAAGUCACCAUUGACAUUUUUUUUGGUCUCUCUAAUCAGAAACGGCAUUGCCUAAUGUAAGCAGCUAUGGUAAUUCAUGUGAUUGAAUUGCUUCAAGCACCAUCAUAUUUUGUUUUCUA